AAGCCGGGCACACGUGACCCUGUUUGGCGCGAAAGCUGUGAUGGCGAUGGCGGAGGAUCCGAAUGUGAGGGAGGCCCAGCGGCAAUACCUGGAUUUCCUGGAUGAUGAGCAAGAUCAGGGGAUUUAUCAGAAUAAGGUGAGGGAUAUGAUCAGUGAGAACUUGUACCGACUGAUUGUCAACAUCAAUGACCUGCGCAGGAAGAAUGAGAAAAGAGCAACACAGCUUCUGAACAAUUCUUUUGAAGAACUCUUGGCCUUUCAACGAGCAUUGAAGGAUUUUGUUGCUUCAAUUGAUGCUACCUAUGCCAAACAGUUUGAGGACUUCUACAUCGGACUGGAAGGCAGCUUCGGAUCCAAUCAUGUCAGCCCACGAACCUUGACCUCUCGUUACCUCAGUAACGUUGUCUGUGUGGAAGGGAUCGUAAUCAAAUGUUCACUGGUGCGUCCCAAGGUGGUUCGCAGUGUCCACUACUGUCCUGCUACAAAGAAAUCCAUUGAACGCAAGUACGCAGACAUGACAUCUCUUGAAGCCUUCCCCUCCAGCGCUAUCUACCCGACCAAGGACGAGGAAAAUAAUCCCCUGGAGACUGAGUUUGGACUGUCCUUGUACAAAGAUCACCAAACCAUAACCAUUCAGGAGAUGCCAGAGAAGGCUCCUGCUGGCCAGCUGCCUCGCUCAGUUGACAUCAUUCUGGACAAUGACCUAGUGGACAUUGUGAAGCCUGGUGACCGGGUGCAGGUCAUUGGUACCUACCGCUGUCUGCCUGGAAAAAAGAACGGUUACACCUCAGGGACGUUUAGGACAAUCCUGAUUGCCUGCAACGUCAAGAUGAUGAGCAAGGAGGUGUCACCGAUGUUUUCUGCAGAUGAUGUGGCCAAAAUCAAGAAAUUCAGCAAAUCCCGCUCAAAGGAUAUCUUUGAACAGCUUGCCAGGUCCCUGGCUCCCAGUAUUCACGGGCACGAGUACAUCAAGAAGGCAAUCCUCUGCCUGUUGCUGGGCGGAUCAGAGAAAAUCCUCGAGAAUGGGAGCCGGAUCCGUGGUGAUAUCAACGUCCUGUUAAUAGGUGAUCCAUCGGUGGCUAAAUCUCAGCUUCUGCGUUAUGUGCUGUUCAGUGCUCCAAGGGCCAUCCCAACCACUGGCCGAGGCUCCACUGGUGUGGGUUUGACUGCUGCAGUCACUACUGACCAAGAAACUGGAGAGCGGCGGCUCGAGGCUGGAGCUAUGGUUUUGGCAGACCGAGGAGUCGUCUGUAUAGACGAGUUUGACAAGAUGUCUGACUUGGACCGUACAGCCAUUCAUGAAGUGAUGGAACAAGGUCGUGUGACUAUUGCUAAAGCGGGCAUUCAUGCCAGGCUGAAUGCCAGGUGCAGUGUGCUGGCCGCAGCGAAUCCAGUCUAUGGAAAGUACAACCAGUAUAAAACUCCAAUGGAGAACAUUGGCCUCCAGGAUUCCCUGCUUUCCCGUUUCGACCUGCUUUUUAUCAUGCUGGACCAGAUGGACCCAGAACAGGACCGGGCAGUUUCUGAGCAUGUGCUGCGAAUGCACAGAUACCGAGCUGCAGGGGAACAGGAUGGCGAUGGUGCCAAACCUGAUGUUUGCGGACAUCUUUUAGCUUUGCCCCUCGGCAGUGCUGUCGAAAUCCUGGCGACAGAGGAUCCAGAUGCCACGCAGGAGGAGGAACAGGAGCUCCAGAUUUACGAAAAGCAUGACAACCUUUUACAUGGAGCCAAGAGACGCAAAGAGAAGAUUGUCAGCAUGGAGUUCAUGCGCAAGUACAUCCACGUUGCCAAGAUUGUCAAACCGGUGCUGACGUCCGAGGCGGCGAAUCACAUUGCGGAAGAAUACUCCAGCCUGCGCAGCCAGGACCAGAUGAGUUCUGAUGUAGCUCGGACCUCACCUGUCACAGCCCGAACUCUGGAGACCUUGAUCAGACUGUCAACUGCUCAUGCCAAAGCUCGCAUGAGCAAGACGGUAGACCUGCAAGAUUCCGAAGCAGCAGCAGAGCUGGUUCAGUUUGCAUAUUUCAAGAAGGUUUUGGAGAAAGAGAAGAAACGGCGUAAAGAGGAGAGUGAUGUGGAAACUGAAGAGGAGGAGCUGAGCCAGGAUGAUGGAGACAGCAAGAAGAGGAGAACAAUGCAAACUAAAGACAGCGAAGGCAGGAAGAGACGACGUGAGCUGAAGGAGGGCGAGCAGUAUGACCCCUACGACUUCAGCGAUGCUGAGGGAGAGACUCCAGGUCUCCCACCACACACCCCAAAGACCCCGGAACCAGAGGAGCACAUGGAUACCAGUGAUGCAGCUGCUAAGAAGCCAGAGUUGAGUGAACAAAGGUUCAAAGAAUUCAAAGCUGCUUUGUUGGAUGCUUUCAAGACUGCACAUGCUCAGUCCCUUGGGAUGCAGACUUUGAUGGCAUCGAUCAACAAAGAUAACACGGUGCCAUUCUCCGAUGUGGAGGUGCAGACUGCCCUGGACAAGAUGCAAGAAGAUAACCAGAUCAUGGUGUCAGAUCACAUCAUCUUCCUAAUCUGAUGAAGUGGCAUUUGCCAACUGAAUGGGGGGGGGCAGUGUGGGACACGAGUUUGUAUCAAACUGCCUUAGAGACUCAUCACUCUUAUCAAAGCAUAGGUGGUAACGAAAGAACAUGCUACCAUUUAAUGCACCCAAUUUUUUUGUAUAUAACUCAGAUUUUUGCAAUAUGCCUCCACCUCUGGUUCCCUCAUUCUUCCCACCUCGCCCCUACCCCUGCCCCUACCUCCUCAAGCCUGAGUUCCUGUACAGGUAGGCGGUGAUGUGCCCACCAUGUAGAACUUUGUCCUGAUGUGUAAUGUUGUGGAUAAUUACUGAGGGGAGCAGAUUACAGAUGAAUGCAAAGAGCCGUUUUGUAAUGAGCUCUGAUUUAGUUGAAGGUAAUGCUUGCUUUCUGCCAUUUGUGUACAAGCUAGUUCAACUGAGAGUUGCAGUCAAGUGCAGAAGAAGUUUGCUGAUUAUAUUAGACUAAACAGUUGAGCCUAAUGAUCAGAAUCCUGGAGAGCUGAAGCAGAGUUGGGGAGGGGCUGGGGUGGGGCACGUACCUUUGAACGUAUUACAGGAGAAGCCCUUAAAGAUUGUGCUUGGAGUGUGUUUUCUGUAAAUAUCACCAACUCUUAUCAGAACUAGUAUGCUGUUGGUAUGUGGUUGGGGGAGGGGGAGGCUGGGGUUGAUUUUAAUCUGCAUUGAAAUUGAAGUAUUAUAUGCUGGGUGGUUGGUAAUUUUGCAAGUACCAAAAGCUGUGCUUUCGUCUUUUUGCAAAUGUCGUCUUGCUCUCUGGUCAAUAUUUCAAAUUCGAUGUCAUUGCAUAGGACAUCAUAGCCUUUGUUGGAAUUCCCUGUCCAGUGCUCCGCUAAUGAUGGAUACAAUGGCCACUACAGUACACAGCAGGUAUCAAAUCACUCUGCUGGCAUGGGAUAAAUCUGCAGCUUUGGGCACUGCAGAAGUGGCAUGCUCUUCUCUGAUGUGUUUGGUUUGUGAUUUAACUUGCAUUCGUAUGUUGCUGCCAGAAGAAUGGCAGCAUUUUCUCACUUCAUAAUUGACCUGCUGUUGUGCAGAAUCUGUUUCCCAGACAUUCAGAUGCAAGGAUGCUCCUUCAAUGUUCUUUUACCUCCCAGCAGGAGAUCCAUGUCAUGACGCCAUCUAACGUAAAUCCCCUGGCCUCCUGAGCGUCCAUUGGCAUCAGACACCCUGGCUUUGCAGACCAGGUGUUGUUGGAUCCUCUCUAGCUAUAGGAGUUGACCCAAUCAUUGCGAUCCAAUUGUUGGGUGUGCUCUGUUAAGCCAAAAGGGUAAUUCGCACUGAAGGAAGGGAAGAGAACCAGGAAAUGUGUGGCAUGCUAAAUUUGUAUUAACUGCUUUUAUUAAAGUCUUGUGUUUUUCUAUAA